GUGAGACAGUUUUCCGUUUUAUAUUGUUAUUGUUACCCACAAAGCGGCGUCAGAUAGGUCAGCUGAAACGCAAUUUGAACAAAAAAAAUUCUAGUUAUAAUUUUCGAUUUGCAAAGCCACAAUUAAGUAAACAAUGUUUUCAAGAAAAAAACCAGAACCAGCCAAGCGAAGACAACAUGAUUUGUCCCAGUUUGGCUUAACGGAAAUACCAGACGACUUUGAUCCCAGUGUGGGCUAUGGCCAAAAUGAUGAGGACGCUGGCGAUAGUGAUCUGGAGGCAGAGCUGGCUGCAAUUACAAGAGGAGCAGGAGGAGCAGCUCCCAGGACUAAACCAAAGCCUAAACUAUUGCCAACCUUAGAUUUGGAUAAAAUGAUUGCAGACAGUUUGCGUGAUGACGUCAGCGAUGAAGAUGACGACGAGGGUCUGGAAAAUGACACAGAUUUGUUGGGUGAGCUGAGUGGCAUUGCAGGAGUAGAAAUAGAGGAAGAGGAGCAACCGGCCCCCGCCUCCGCCACUGCGACGGAGGAACCUGUGCAGACGUAUCUACCCACCUCUACAGUGGAUACCAUGAGUAUAAUAAAGCAGCGCUUAGAAAUGUACAAACAGGCAGAGGCCAAUGCCAAAGCAGCAGGAGAUUCAGGCAAGGCGCGUCGGUUUGGUAGAGGUCUGAAAACCUUGCAGGAUCUGUUCAAGCAGGCUUCAGCCGGCAAGUCAAUCAAUGUGGAUGACAUUCCUCCAGAAGUGAGUGUAAAACCAAUUGGAGGAGCGACACCUGCGCCGACCAUUGAGGAGCCAACACAACCAGAAGAGCCCAAACAGCCUACACGUGUUGCUCCUGCGCCGCCAACACCGGCAACUCCAGCAGCAAAUACCACAAGUCCUUCGACUCCGCCCAAUCCUCUAGUAACUCAAAUGCUAAGCCGACAAAGUGAAUAUAAAGCUGCGGCCUUGCAAUCUAAGCGUGCCGGUGACACGGCAACUGCUUUGCAGUUUCUAAAAGUGGUCAAACAGUUUGAUGUAGUAAUAAAAAUGUGUCAGGAUGGUCAGGAAGUUGAUCUAAGUGAUAUGCCACCACCGCCCAAUGAGUUUCUUGAAUUCCUAAACAAAUUGAAAGAUGGAGCAGGAGCAGCAAAUACAGAAAAUACCGAGCCCACACCAGCACCAGCUGAGACGCCAGCUCCUGCUCCUGCUGCUGCUCCUCCAGCUGCGGCCACAACUGUGUUAGAAGCCUUACAGCAACGCCUGGAAAAGUAUCAAUCUGUCGAGGCAUCUGCCAAGGCCGAGAACAAUACGAGUAAAGCAAGGCGAUUUGGACGCAUUGUCAAGCAAUAUGAAGAUGCAAUCAAGCUGCAUAAAGCUGGCAAACCAGUGGCCUUUGAUGAGUUGCCAGUUCCGCCAGGUUUUGGCCCGUUGCCCUCUGAAGCGGGAGGAGGAGCUGUAGCUGCAUCUCCUUCGCCAGCUAGCUCACCACCGGCAACGGCAAGUACUUCGGCAGAUGCGUCGCCCGCACCUACGCCAACUGUGCCGCGCAAAGCACCUGCAACGCCGCCAUCUCAACCCCAGGAAUUGACCACCCGCACAUCGGGAAAUCAUCAGAAGAGUAAUCUGGCCGAACAACAAAUGAAACUCUUAUUGGAACGCCAAAAGGAAUUCAAAGUAGCUGCCAUAGCAGCCAAAAAGGCGGGCGAAAUCGAUCAGGCUAAGGAAUAUCUGAAAAUUUUCAAAGGAUUUGACUCGCUUUUAAAUGCGGCAAGUAGUGGACUACCAGUUGACCUCAGCACAUUGCCUGUUCCCCCAUCGCAGCGUGAUAAUCUAGAAGCUUCAUUUGCCAUUGUCUCGGCUGAGGAAUGCGAUCCCAAUAUGGAUGAUAUAUGCGAGAUUGGUGUACGCAUGGAAGAGCAAUUGGCCAAGCAAUUGAUGAUGUGCAAAAAUACACGGGAUCAUCACAAGGCCAUGGGCGAUGUAGCUGGAAUGAACCGUUUCGAAAAUCUUGCCUUGACUGUACAAAAGGAUUUGGAUCUGGUUCGGUAUUCCAAGCGAAAGAAUCAACCAUUGCCAAAAUUCCAUUAUGAGAAAAGGAAUUUCAAUAUAGUCCAUUGCAAUACAGAUUUAACUGAUAACGAAUUGGAAAUUGUUGUGGUCAGAGGCCUAAAUUACAGUGUCUCGAAUCCAAAGGAUGUGGAUACUUAUGUGCGCGUGGAGUUUCCACUAUUGAAUGAUGAAUCUUUCAAAACAAAGACCAAUGUGAUCAAGGACACUGAUAGUCCUGACUAUGAUGAACGCUUCAAGGUUGAUAUACAACGUGGCAAUCGCCAAUUCCAACGCAUCUUCAAGCGGCAUGGUGUUAAAUUUGAAAUCUAUUCUAGGGGCUGCAGUAUUGAUUGUUGUGGACUAAGUCGUAAAUUGCCCAUAUGUUGUUUCAGAGGAUUCCUCAGGUCGGACACAUUGAUUGGAACGGUGAAUGUGAAACUGCAACCGCUGGAGACCAAGUGUGAUAUACAUGAUACCUACGAUCUUAUGGAUGGUCGAAAGCAAGUUGGUGGCAAACUGGAGGUCAAAGUUCGUGUGCGGAAUCCCAUUUUGACUAAGCAAAUCGAGCACAUUAAUGAGAAGUGGCUGGUGCUAGAUGCUGAGGGCUAAUCUUGAAUCCAUAUGGAAGAACUUUUUGUGGCCUUUGCUUUAAGCAAAAACUUACAACUCAAUGAUUUUUCCUUUUUCGUAUAGGACUAUUGCCAAAUUGAAUUGCAGAAAGCAGGACACGAUUUACUGAGUUUGAUUCUCAUCUUCUUGUGCACUUUCUUAUGGUAGUAGGUCUAUAAGAAAUUGAUAAAUCAGUAUUCAAUAUUUGAUGUUAUCACAAUGCAACGCUUUCGUCUCGGACUAAUUGUAAAAAAAAAAAGUGAAUUAUAUUUAGCCUUUGUUUAUAUAUUUUAUUGUAUUACGAACACAACACAGAUUAUAAUUAUGUACUAUAUAUAUAUAUAUUAAUAUUUAUGUGUAUAAAUGAGAUAAUUGUGGCAUAUUUGUUAAGGCUAAAGGCGCUUGUCCCGAAAAGAUUUGUGCCCUUUAUUUUUAUUUUGUUCUUGUUUCGUAUGUAAAGUCAGUUCCAUUCCAAGAGUUAUAUCUCGAAGAGAGGAGGGGAGUAUAGGGUGGGAUAGAAGUGGAAAUAGAAUCAAAUUGCGCCUGGCCUAAGCCUGAUUAUGUUUCAUCUAAAUAUGUUUAAUAUGUUGCUUGUUGUACGUAUAAAUUGUUUCUGUUUUUGUUAUAGAUUAUAACUCAAGAUAUUCAACGAUCUGGGAAUAGGGACUGGUGACAUUGAAGACAUCAACGCCGCGCACUUUAUAGAACCCUACAAAGAGGAGAAAAAUUAAGAUUGUAAUUAUAUUUUAAUCGCGCUAAUAAGAUUGCUUAAGAAAUAUACUAACUUCACUAUAUAA